AUGACUUGUAUGGAAGGUUAUCGCCAGCUUCCUCAACUGCUCGUCGAGAUGUCGUUUCCCCCGAUGGCUGUCCGUACAAUCCAAGAGCCAAGAAGUAUCGCAUUCCCCAAUGGAAACGGAACCAUCGCGGAGAUUCAAUCUCAGAUUCAGACCAUGUCUAUCAACAAGUCUUCGUUGAAGCCCAAAGGAGGGGUCGGAAUCGCUUUUUCCGAUCGGAUCAAUAUGGAAUCUGGGCAACGUGAGUUCUACGUACAAAAGAUCUUUCCCGAUGGACCAGCAGCAACGUCUGGUCUUGUCUCCUUCAACGACGUUCUCAUCGAGGUUAACGGAGAGAAGGUGAGCAACUGGGACAUCUGGACUCUCUCCCAGAAGAUCCCUGGGCCUGUUGACUCCCCUGUCCUCUUGCGCAUGAAAUCAGCUUCUCGGAAUACUGAAUACGACGUUGAGAUUAUUCGAAAAAUUAUCGUCAAGAAGUCUGAUGAUGAGAACGUAGAGGAGAACAAAGAAGAUUCAAAGGAACUUGAUGAGAAGGAAAUCUUGGAAGCCAGAAUGAAAGAGAUCAUUGAAAUGAAGAAACUGGGUAUCACAAUCGCUAGUCCUGGAUUUUCCAUUGAGCCUUGCCCCAAAGAAUGGUUCAACGGCGAGAAGACGGGGUCUUUCGUAAUCGGCAACGUGACUAAAGGCUCAUCGGCUGAGAAAGUGGGCUUCACGCACGGGGAGCUGAUCGAAGAGGUCGACGGGAAGGAUGUAGCAGGGUUCUCAGAGGAUAGGAUCAAGGGUCUCCUUACCGACGCCAUUCAUUCUGUCGUUCAGAUCCACACCGACAAGCGUGUGAUCCCUGUCGUCCGAGACUGCGCCCCUUUGCUCCAGCCCCCUGAGCCCCCUCAACUGCCAAGACCCAACCAAAUUAUGAUGCCGCCGCCGCCGCCGUUUUCUCCCAACAUCAACUAUGUGAGCGAGCAGCUUCAGCAGAACUUUUUGAGGAGCCCAGCAAUGGCUCCAGUCGCUUCGUUCCGCCCGCAGAUGAUGCUACCUUCGCAAAACAUCAUCUCGGUAGGAAACCUCAGCCCUAGAGGCAACGAGCCUUCUUGGCAAGUUAACAGACAGCAAGGCAACUUGUACUCCAGCAUGAACGCCGUCAACAUGCCGCAAUACUCCACUCAAGAUGGAAACUUCGGCUACAUGCCUCCUCCCAACCAACCGCAGUACUCCACUGUGCAGCGAUCACCAUGGGGCGGAGACUUGUUCUGA